CUGAAGAGUACUAGACCUACAUUUUUAGAGUCUGUGUCCUGUCCUAGCGGAUCCAAGGGAGACAUAGCUUCUUUGUGUACCUACUGGAAGAAAUACCAUGUCCUCGUCAGAAGAAAAAUGCAGGACGAGUCCGUUCAUCUCGUUCAAAAACCUCUGUUUUGAAGGUCUGCUAGGUGGCGGAAAUCAUGGAGUUGGCUUCUUGCAGAUGAAGAAGGCUGGGUUCUCCUCUCUAGUAGUACCAAAUAAGAUGAUGAGAACUGCGUCCUCAAAGGUCAUGAGAACUACAAAGAUGAUGAGAACUACGUCAAAGAUGAUGAAGACUACAACCAAGAUGAUAAGAGCAACUUCAACUACUUCCACGUUGGAUCUUAUCUUCUUGAUCUGCAUAUUUUUAAAAGCAUCUCUCAGCUUGAGCUACUUGAUGGAGGUGGACGCGUUGCGACUCCGACUUUCUAGAAGUGGACUACAACAGUUUUCGUCCUCUGGGGGCACAUCGUCAUCAGAUUGGAGUUACAUUCUCCAAGAGCGGUCGAGGUCACAACAGGGAGUUUUUAGAAACGCUUUCCGGGAAAGGGAAAGCGCGCAACAACGACUUGCAGCCAACCAGCAACAACACCCUUCAGCAGAUCAGUUAUUGUCGCAGCAUCAGCAACACCAGCAAAACCAGUGGUCGCAUCAACAACAAGCAGCGACGCAAUCGAUGUAUCAGCCACAAAACCAGUUGCAGCAACAGGAUGCAGGGCAGUCGUAUCAACCGCAAACGGGGCAGUCGUAUCAACCGCAAACGGGGCAGUCGUAUCAACAACGUGAACAAGGGCAAUCGUAUCAACCGCAAACGGGGCAGUUGUAUCAACAGCAAGGGCAAUCAUAUCAGCAGCAAAAAGGGCCAGCUUACCAAGGACAAGCAGGACACGCGACCUAUCAGCCGAAAAACCAGUUUCACCAACAGGAUGCAGGGAAAUUCUAUCAACAACAACAAGGGCAAUCGUAUCCACCGCAAACAGGACAAUCUUAUCCGCAGCAAGGAGUGCAAUCGACGUAUCAGCAGCAAGCUGUGCAAUCGACGUAUCAGCAAGAAGCAGGGCAUGCGACAUAUCAACAGCAAAGCCAUUUGUACCAACAACAAGCAGGACCAUCGUAUCAACAACAAGCAGGAUCAUCGUAUCAAGCGCAGCCGAAAGCUCAGACAAUACAGCAGACUAUGGACGCUUCGCAGCGUGCAGACAGUGGCGCUUCCCUUCUCUCUUAAGAAUGAUACCGUACGACUGUCGUGUACUUGAUGAUGAAAGUAAGAAGUGACUACGGAAAAAUUUUCCAUCUUUCUUUGUUCCCGCGUACUAGCUGUGACAGAUACUGCUACUUUUUAUAAGUCUGCUGGAUAUUGGAUCUUCAUAUUUUUAGACAGAGUUAGUACAACGACCUUUCAAUCAACUAAAAAUUAUCUGGAUGCGUCUCUAUAACUCUAAAAAACCAUAAACAAGAUGGACUUGAACCUACCGCCGCCUCCAGCCACUUGGUGGGAACUGCCUCCACAUCUCAAGAUGCUAUUUGUUACGAAAGGGUUCUUUUGCUAGUACAUUUAUCAAUUUUGAGGGACAACUUCCGCUAGGAGGUCAUCUAAUCUGCCCUAUCAUUUAUAUUCAAUCAUAUUGAAGAUCCUAAUCUACUUCCGCAGUUCUAAGAACGACUAGGCACGUCAUCGCUGCUCGUUGUAUUAUUACAACGCGAGGAACAGUUUAAAGUUUCACUGUCUUUCAUCCAUCCGUCAGGGUCAACCUUGUACAACUAACAGCCUUGGCUUAGGUACUUACAGCAGCUCUGUGGUAAGAAAGUGUAUGGAUCAUGCUUUCUCAAGUAGUAGUACUUUGUAGUUCUAAGAACGAAAGUGUAUCUUAUAUUAUAAUAUAAUGAAAAUGAGUCUACUUUUUGGUAGUUGUUCUGCAACAACUAACUUCAUAGCAAAAGAGAUUGAGAUGGAUCUUAAUCUAUUUGAUUCGCUAUUGUCUUGGCUGAUAUGAAUGCUCAUGCACCAAAAUAUCUAAAUCUACUCGUGAUUCGCUAAUGUCUCGGCCGAUAUGAACGCUCAUCGAUAUGAACGCUCAUGCACCAAAAAAUAUUAAUCUAUUUGAUUCGCUAUUGUCUCGGCCGAUAUGAACGCUCAUGCACCAAAAAAUCUUAAUCUACUUGUGAUUCGCUAAUGUCUCGGCCGAUAUGAACGCUCAUGCUGGUUACCGCGGACAGGCAGGUGACGCGAAAAUCAGUGCCGAACGCGCUGAACGUGUGGCAAACAUUUUCGAGCCGAGUGGUCCAAGAAUAG